GGAAAAUCUUUCCGUGGCUGAUUUGAUUGUGAAUUGCGAAGAUGGGGGACGUCAACGAGGAUACGACGUCGUUUGCCCUCCCACCAGGUUCAGGGUUUUACCCUUCCGACGAACAGCUCGUCCGCUACUACCUCUCCCUGAAGAAUGACGGCGAUCUUCACGGCGGCGGCGCGAACGUAAUCAAGGAGAUUAACCUCUACAAUUUUGACCCGUUCAACUUACCUGAGACCUCCUGCUUCCGAUUCGGCCGCGGCGGGAGGCGCCGCCACUGGUUCUGCUUUGUCGCUAGGGCUUUGAAGGAUAGAGGAAUCAGGCGAGCCGGCGGCGGGUACUGGAAAAGGAGAAGGAGGGAUAGGGUUGUUGUGGAUCGGAGUUUGGGGAAAGCCGUGGUUGGAAAGCGCAAAUGCUUCGUUUUCUACUUUGGAGAUUCUCAAUCUCCGAAGACUGCUGUGAAAACUGACUGGUUUAUGUAUGAAUACGAACUACUUAAUCAUCCAACGGCUGCUUUUGUCCUAUGUCGAAUUUUUUCCAAAUCACAUCAUGGAAACAACCUGUCAGAAAAUACAGUGAGUUCCUGUGCUGAAGAAAGUGUUGCAAGUGUUCGUAACAUUGGUUUUCAGUGCAAUGGAACUGCUACAUCAGCAACCGAAGAAAAAAUGCAGGAUGAGAAGAAUGAGGUUUUAAAUUUCCCAGUGGAUACAGUUAGCAAGAUAGAUAACCUUGUUAGUGAACCAAUUGGUGACCAGAUAAGAUCACCAGGACUUUUUAGUACUGGUGCUACAUUUAUUGAAGCCUUGCCCUUGGCUGCUGAGGAAGGAUUAGGCAUACUUGAAGGAGAUUUUUUGGAGCUGGAUGACCUUGUCUGCCCACUUUUGGGCAUUGACUAAUUUAUUAAAAUACCAAUUUAAACCAAAAAAAAAAAUUGAUUUCUCUAAGAGAAAGAUGGAUUAUCACUAAGUGAUACAAAAGAAUUACAAUACCAAUGUUGGAUUACAAUUCCAAUUCAGAUAUUAUUGGCUUAUUACCAAUCUUGGAUUACAAUUCCAAAGAGAUUAUUGAUACAAUACCAAUCUUGGAUUACAACUCCAAAUGAGAUACUAUUGAUACAUUACCAAUCUUGGAUUACAAUUCAGACAUCUAAAUGAGAUACCAUUCCAUUACUUUCCCAAGAACAGUCGGGAUGCAUACAGAUAUUGUUGAUACAAUCAUGUAAGGUUAUGUAAGAUAUAUUGGUGGUGAAAGCCUGAAGAUGUGAAGUGUUGUCUGUUCUUUGGAGACAAUUGUCCCAUGGCGCAAAUCAUCUGGUUUAUGAGGGAUCUGUUUGGUGCUCUGUUCUUUGGAGACAAUUGUCCCAUGGCGCAAAUCGUCUGGCUUAUGAGGGAUCUGUGUGGUGGUUAGCAUCUGUGUCGUGGAUUAUCAAUGUAUCAAUCUCAACUCUACUCUGUUCCCACCUUGCCAAGCUGUUGGCCAUUUUGCUGAAGGUGGAGUCAACUACGCUGAGCAUUCGCCGCUUAGCCUUGUAGAUUUUCUGUUAUCUCAGCUUUGCAGACAGACUGUUUUCCUGUUUUUGUUGGUCAAUCAACAAACUUGCUUGUUUGAAAUAAAUGAAGUUUGUGUGAACUUGCUGCUUCAGUCCUAUGCUGCUGCUUUAGACUACUUUCUAUUUGUAUCUGUAAAAUACUUUGGAUUUUCAGUACUCUGAUACUUUGUUAUAGCAGCAUUUGCAGGUUAUGCUUAUAUAUUUCAAUGUGCA